CUUAUAUUGAUUUAGGUUCAUCAAUAUCGUCUGAGGAAAAACAUGAUGGUCAUAUUUAUGGUGUUUUGCCAUAUUUAGCUCCUGAGGUCUUGCAAGGAGAAAAGUUCACCCAAGCUGCUGAUAUUUACAGUUUUGGAAUUAUUAUGAUAGAAAUAUUAACUGGACAAAGACCUUUCGAUGGUUACAGUUUUGAUGCUGAAUUAGCGGCGAUGAUUUGUCAUGGGUCUAUGACCGGAAUUAUAAUUAGAGUUUAUGAAGAUUUUGUAAUGUUGUCAUUAUCUAUCGAUAAACACAAAUAUGACACAGACACUAGUUUGUGA